AUGGAGGAAUUUUUAAAAGACAGCCCUUCGGAUUAUAACAACCAGUUUAAUGGUAGCUCCAGUAAUGCUACCCCCAACAUAGGCAAUAGCCAAUACAGUGGGGCAGGAAGCAGUAACGGUAAUUUUCCUGGGAGUGAUUUUUCCCUCGAGGACAUCGGAGUAGGUUAUGACAACAUCAACCAACAAGAAUACUUAAGUCCUUCUUCCAAACAACAGCCCCUGAACCCGAUAGGGAACUAUGGGGAAUACAAUAACGGUUUCAAUCAGGGCCAAGUGGAUUUCACGAACCCUGUCAAUACAUUGAACGAUCCUUUCUUAGAAGAUUUAGAGAAUUUGAACUUUCCUCAGAAUAUGGGAUUGAAUCCUCAGAAUACCAAUCCUCAAUUCAUAAAUCCAACCACCACUUCGAAUCUUGAUGAAAUAAUUUCGCCCCAAAAUAACGCAUCGCUCGACAAUGGCAAUAAUGCCUUCUUGAAUCCUCGUUACUUCUCCCCUCCCAAUCGGAAUGUUAAUUUCAACUCGUUGAACUCGAUAGCUGAAGACAGCAACACUUUCAGUCCGAAUUUGUCAAGACAUGGAAGCAUUAGUGUUCCGAAUAACCAAUACAGUAAUAGUUUUAAUACGGUUACUGGUCCUGACCUCAACACUGGGUCCUAUCUUUCUCCUCAAGCAAACUCGCAGUAUGUUUCACCCAACUAUGAUUCGUUUGAUACUUUAAGAUCACCAUCCAAUUCGUACUUGUCGUCCCCUCCCCAAUUUCAACACUCAAGAGAGGCUAACUCCAACUUGCUAUCACCACCAACUACGUCAAGUAUGAGCACCUCGGUGCCUAGUGGUGGUAAUUCCAGAGAUUCUUUACCUACAAAACAAUUGACGAAAGAAGAAAAGCUCAAAAGAAGGCGUGAGUUUCAUAAUGCGGUAGAAAGAAGAAGACGUGAUUUGAUUAAAGAAAGAAUUAAAGAGUUGGGUUUAAUCGUUCCUCCUUCUUUACUCAACCCACAACUCUGUGCGGUUCAAAUGUUACAAAAGAACACAAGUUUGAACUCAAGUGGUAUCAAUGACUUGAUAGCCAGUAUUAAGGUUAAGGAAACCAAACCGAACAAAAGCACAAUUCUUAACAAAUCUGUUGACUAUAUUGAGCAUUUGAAAUAUGUUUUAAGUCAACAAGAGAAAUCUAAAGUUGAUUUGACCAAGCAAAUUAUUGCUCUUCAGAAGACCUUAAACAAGGAUCCAAAUACAGCGCAAAGUGCUCCAAAUGACUUAACAAAUGUUGGUAAUGAAUUACAAUCCCAAAACAGCCAACAAUUUGGAGAACUUGAUUCUGCCAACCUUAAUAAUGAAACUUACUUUAAUCCUGAUGACUUUUUCCUGGACAUGAUUGGGAACACGAACUCAAAUCUGAACGGUUUAGGAAACAACAACGGCACAAGUGACUUUUUUUGA